AUGUUAGGUACAUUUGCGCAUAUCUUGCGGAAUAAUGGGUUUUUUGGUUUAUAUAAUGGGCUCUCUGCCGCUCUCCUGCGCCAAAUCACAUAUUCCACAACCCGGUUUGGAAUUUACGAGGAACUUAAAUCCCGAUUUACCUCUCCAUCAUCGCCGCCUGGGUUCCUCACCCUUCUUGGGAUGGCUACUACUUCCGGUAUACUUGGAGGUAUAGCAGGGAACCCAGCUGAUGUACUCAACGUGCGCAUGCAGUCCGAUGCUGCCCUUCCACCUGCCCAACGGCGCAAUUAUCGUCAUGCAUUCCACGGCUUGGUCCAGAUGACGCGGACGGAGGGUGUCUCUAGUCUAUUCCGUGGCGUGGUCCCAAAUUCGACACGAGCCGUCCUGAUGACAUCCUCCCAGCUCGUCUCCUACGACAUCUUCAAGCGUAUCUGUCUUGAGAAAUUAGGAAUGUCGGAUAAUCUGGGUACACAUUUCUCUUCGUCCCUCGCGGCUGGCUUCGUCGCGACGACGGUAUGCAGUCCUGUCGAUGUUAUCAAAACUCGGGUGAUGAGUGCAUCUCCCACCGAGAGCAGGGGUCACGGCAUCGUCGGUCUUUUGCGCGAGAUUAUCCGCAAAGAAGGCUUUGCUUGGGCCUUCCGCGGUUGGGUACCGAGUUUCAUUCGUCUAGGACCGCACACGAUCGCGACGUUCGUCUUCCUCGAGGAACAUAAGAAACUCUAUCGCUUCUUAAAGGGGAUUUAA